AUGAAUAAUGAACCCUCUGUGAAAAAGCUUGCAGAUAUUCCCCAAAUCGAUGAAAGGACACAAUAUCCAGUUGAUCAGACAAAAUUUCAUAAAAGAGAAUUUUACAAAACAAGAGGCUACUAUUUGGCUAUAUACAUUGAACCAAUUGGUAGUGGUUCCAAUAAGGUGAUUGUUUACGCAACUGACUUUACGUCAAAUAAUCAAUGCUGUGAUGGCGAUGAUGGAGAGGAGCUAGCAUACCAAGCCGUUAACUUAAGACUCACGCGAAAACAAGUUGUAAGAUUAGUUGUUCAUACAGACAAGUUAAAGAUACUUGGUGAACAAUAUGAGAGCGCCUUUUCAAAUUGUAAAUUGGAUUUUCUCGAGAUGCUAGAAGAUCCAGAUAAUUAUCAUGGGUUUUCGGUUGAAGAUAAAGUCAUCAUCUUUGCUGUAACUACCCAAUGGAGAUUAUAUAGAGGAAUCUUGGAACCAUAUACUUAUGACCAUGAAAUUUUGGAAUUUAAUGACGCGAUAGACCAAUAUUUAUCAGUUGUUGGAGAUUUAUAUUGUAAUAUUAUGAAGCAGAACCAGUAUGUUUCAAAUAACAAGUCAUUGAUUGAGAAAAUCGUGCCAUGGAAGUAUAGACAGCCACAAUCACCUGCUAAACUUCCAUCGUCGUAUGAAUCAUCCCAGACACUUAAUGUUAAUUUCUCAUCGAAACAAAAAAAUAACGCAAAAACUGAUGCUGCUACUACUGCUCCUGCUCCUACUACUCCUACUACUCCUACUCCUCCUACUACUACUCCUACUCCAUCUGUAAUUAGAAAUCCAAAAUCCAAUGGCGAUGUUCCAAAAAUGCAUACGGAUAUAGAUCUGAGUGAAAUUGUUGAAAUUGAUGACAACACUUCCAACAUAUCACUCAAUUCCCAAAUAGUUCCUCAGAAACGAAGUCACGAGGAAGCAAAUUCUACAUACUACACACUAAAGGAUCUACGUAAUAUGAAAAUGGACAUUGAUAAUCAAUACUAUUCAAUCCGUUGUAGAAUACUAGGCACUAUCCCAUCAGAUUGGUCUUUGCUUUGCGGUAAGCCAAUGGAAUCCAGUACAGAACCCUUGGGAGACCCAAUAAUGCAUGAACUUGAGUUGAUCUUGAGUGAUGUUGACUUAUCUUCAAAUACAUCCAAAAUUCACCAAGAUAAUCUAUUAUCAGUAUACUUCAAUGGACCCGAAAUCCUUUGGUUUUUAAAUUUGGAAUGCGUAGAAAAAGCAUACAUAAGUGCAAAAACGUUACAAGAUAAUAUCGAUUUAUCAAAGCUCAGUGCCGACUCGGAGUUGGACAUAGACGUAUACAAGGUCACUCGACGUAUCAGUGCUACAAAAUCAAUCGUAGUCUGGAAAGCCGAUUUGAAAUAUGAUAGACUACUUGGUAAGUAG